CUCUCUCUGUCCUUUCCCGUCACCUUCCAGCCAUCAACUCCGAAUUCAGCCCAAACGGAAAAGCACUGUGGAUCUGACCCUCAGGCUGCUCUUCUCCAUUUAAAUCCUUUCUCUGUCUCUCCCUUUAAAUUCGUCCUCAUUGCUUGUUCUUCACACCAUACGGAGAAAGAGAGAGAGAGAGUUUGGAAAUGGCUGACGCCAACCACAGUUCGGCAGCCGCUCAGUUAGGGGAUUUUCCGGCGGUUCCAACCCACGGAGGUCAGUUUUUUCAGCACAACAUCUUCGGGAACCUCUUCGAGAUCACGGCCAAGUACCGCCCUCCCAUCAUACCUAUCGGUCGCGGCGCGUACGGAAUCGUCUGCUCGGUGUUGAAUUCGGACACGAACGAGAUGGUCGCCAUGAAGAAAAUAGCGAACGCGUUCGAUAACCACAUGGACGCCAAGCGUACGCUUAGGGAGAUUAAGCUGCUUCGGCAUUUCGAUCAUGAAAAUGUCGUAGGUAUAAGAGAUGUUGUUCCUCCUCCUUUACGGAGAGAAUUUACAGAUGUCUACGUUGCCACGGAACUCAUGGAUACUGAUCUUCACCAAAUAAUUCGCUCCAAUCAAAGCUUAUCAGAGGAGCACUCUCAGUACUUCUUGUAUCAGAUCCUUCGAGGACUGAAGUUCAUACAUUCUGCAAAUGUUAUUCAUAGAGACUUGAAACCCAGCAACCUCUUAUUGAAUGCAAAUUGUGACCUGAAGAUUUGUGAUUUUGGUCUUGCUCGUCCAGCUGCUGAGAAUGAGUUUAUGACUGAAUAUGUUGUCACGCGAUGGUACAGGGCGCCUGAGCUACUGUUGAACUCUGCAGAUUACACUGCUGCCAUUGAUGUGUGGUCUGUGGGUUGCAUCUUUAUGGAGCUUAUGAAUAGAAGGCCUUUGUUUCCAGGCAGAGAUCAAGCGCAUCAGAUGCGCUUGUUGAUAGAGCUCCUUGGGAAGCCAACUGAGUCCGAUCUUUGGUUUGUUCGGAAUGAGGAUACAAAAAGAUAUAUUCGCCAACAGCCAUCACACCCUCGACAGCCAUUACUCAGUGUUUUCCCACAUGUUAAUCCACUGGCCAUUGAUCUCAUGGAGAAAAUGUUGACAUUUGAUCCGGCUAAAAGAAUCACUGUUGAGGAAGCGUUGGCCCAUCCUUACUUUGAAAGACUGCACGACAUAGCUGAUGAACCGGUCUGUGCAGAGCCAUUUUCCUUCGACUUUGAGCAACAAUUGGAAGAGGAGCAAAUGAAGGAUAUGAUUUACCAGGAGGCCUUAGCAUUCAACCCUGAGUAUGCAUAAAUUAAAAAAAAAAAAAAAAAAAUCUCUUUGGUUUAAUCUCAUAGCCUGCAAGUCAUCGUGAUCAACCAUCGCUACUGUCAGUGUAAAUUAUUCUACUUUGGUGUGUGCUGAUAUUAUACAAAUGACUGCCCAUCGGCUGUACUCGGCCUCCAAAUUUAAUUUUGAGGUCAUUCCACAAGGGUGGGUUUUUCUCCCCUCCUCAACUUUGUAUUUUCCUUAAAUGUGCUUAUAUCUUAAUUACUUCUUUGAUGUGCUUAAUCUCUUUUAUGUAUAGUGGAUUGAAUUCAGUUCAAGUCAGCUUUAAUAAAAGUUGCCUAUUGUUUUGUUC